AUGGCGAUCGUCGCUGGAUUGGAAGGAGGCGCGAGUUACCAAACUUACCUGGUGCCCUACGAUGAUCUACCGCCGUCAAGCGGGAGGAUUGAGUUCGGCGGAGGAGGAUGGCUUGCGCAGGAACCGCAGGGGCUCCAGACAGCCGCCCCCCCCACCCUCCGGGGUGAUCUUCUUCUGGAAGAUUACUUGCUUGAUUUGCGCCAAGAGGGCAACCUUUCCAAAUCCGUCACCGUUUUCACUUGGGCCUCUCCUCUUGGAGCCCUGUCCAGACUGGGCCGAGUUCGCAUUUCAAACGCCCCAGGGACCUGA